AUGCCACGUGUUAUUUGUGUCACGAGUGAUGAAGAGAAGUUUGAAUCAUUUCAAGACUGGGGAGAUAAUAUUGGACCUUUAUAUGUUUUUGAUGAAAUCUCUACAAUGUUUUUUCUGAAAGAAGAUUAUACGAAACGCAUUCGGAAGCUCCGUGAUCCAUGGUGCAAGAAAUGUGGCAAGAAAUUUGCAACGGUUGCUGCUCUACGGACUCAUGUAGUGGAUGUACAUGGAUUGCAAUACUGCAGCAUUUGUUUGGAAAAUAAAAAGGUGUUUUUAGAAGAAUUGGAGCUAUUUACAAAGGAACAACUCAAGAAACAUAACACAAGAGGGAACCCAAGAGAAGGUUUUAUGGGACAUCCAAGAUGUGAUUUUUGUUUUUCUCGGUUUUACUCGACUACGGAACUAUACGACCAUUUGAGAAAGAAUCACUUUGAGUGUGAUAUUUGUUUGUAUCAGCUACAUGUUCAGAACAGAUAUUAUAAGGAUUACAAUGACUUGGAAAACCAUUUUCGAGCUGAUCACUUUUUGUGCGAAGAACACGAAUGUUUAGCUAAGAAAUUUGUUGUUUUCUCGACACAUUUGGAUUUGCAAGCGCAUUUAACAGUGGACCAUCCGCAUAUUAAGACAAGUCGCAAGAUUGACGUACAUUUUACAGUCCGUCGGGCAUUUCACGGAAAUCAAGAGGAGUUUAAGGACUCGAGCUUGUCUCACCAAUCGACAGGAAACCAUACGAUUAAUGUGGCAGACUUUCCGUCGCUUUCAGGAUCCGACAGCGCCGCUGCAGGACCUUCAUUUUCAUUAUGGGAUAACCAGACGGUGUCUCACCGUCGGACGAUAGAGGACUUUCCGGCUCUAGUAUCAAGUUCAUCUCAGAACGGAACUGGCUUGGAAUUUCGGAACGCGUUGAAUCCGCCGCCUUCGGCAGCUUUACGCGCGCACAUGGAUAACAACGGGUGGGAGUAUGAAAGCCCAGCUCUGGCAUCUGCUGCCGCGGUGUUAGGCGCGAACAACCCAUUGCUCGGAAGGUUGAAACCUGCUCGAAAGAAUAAUAUAGGUAGGAAAAAGGGUCGGAAGGCAGGCGGCGGCUUGGAAGAAAAAUUGGCGACCCCUGCUCUUGUAGUUCAGAAAGACGUGUCCGAUUUAGAAGAUAGCGAAACUGUGAGCCCUGCAUCGUCCAAGACUGCAGUUGUGCUCAAGAUCCGCCAGACAUUGGGUAGCGAUGCCAAGUACGAGGUCUUUCGUGAGGAUUGCAAGCGAUUUCGCUUGGGCGAGACGGAAGUCCCAGACUUUUAUGCCAAAAUGCGUAAGUUAUUUUCCCCUGUGGACUUCACGCAGCUUUUCCUACCACUGAUGCGACUUUCUCCGGACAAAGAGCAAGUGGAUGCGUUCUUUGCAUACCACAAACAGCUAAAUAAACAACGGGUCAAGGCCCAGGGUUUCCAGAAACUUACAUCCAAGCGAGACACAGUCACCAACCAGCAGCAAUCCAAACUGGCGCAGGGGUCACCAACUGCGUGCCAAAGGAGCAAUCAGCGUCAGCUACCGGUACCUUCGCAAUCGGGUUGGGGGAAUGCUAUGAAAGAAAGCGGCGUGAAUAAGGCCGUGGGGCGCGAGCCCUCUGCAAUUGUUCACAAUACGAAUAUGCGCGCGGUGUUGGGGCGAGACACUCCACCAACCACACAGUGGAGCUCGUCUGGUAGCUGGCAGGCAGCAGCACCUGUCGGAUCCAACGUGGAUGCAUACCCAGCAUUUGGCCGUACCCCUACGAGUACCAAGCUUCAGAACGCUCCCGUCGAUGCGUUUGCUAGUCUUAGUGUCUCGUCAUCAUCGUCCACGCCGGCUGAAUACGGCGCUGUGGCUUCAGCAUACGCGUCAACUCCGAUACCAGUGUUGCGCCAGAUAACUGCGCCUCCUGCAGCCCCCAGUUUUAAGACCACUAAGAGUGACUUUCCUGAGUUGCCCAAAGCUGCCAAGCCGAUUGGCGUGCUGCCCGUAACACGUGCGACGUGGGAUAACCAGAUGCAGGCCAUAGCGCAAAGCCGUGUUCCCAACACGUCUAAGGACAGUCGAGGCAAUGGUAAGAAAAAGCAGAAAAAGAAAACAAUGUCGCUUCAGGAAAUGGCCAUGCACUUUGGUUAA